AAAUGGGCGUGGAAGUUUCACAGAGAGUUUCACUCCCUUCUGUCAUUCAGCAACUUAUAUGACACAGAGCUUUCCCAUGGACCGAGGAGAGGACGGGAACUGGAACCUGCUCUGUCUUUUGUACCAUGUAAUGACAGGAGCGGUGUCUCCGUGACCACAUGGACUGAACGACAUAGAACAACUGUCACCACUAAGAGGACGUGAAGGAGAGGACAAAUACAACUGUCAACUAUUGACCAUCAAGACCCAGAGGAUCAACGGAUUCACAGAAAAAAACCUUCAAGUUGGAUCAGGCGUCAGUUCAAAAUGGCUCGGUCGCCUGAGACACGUGUUGUAAUAGACGAUGUGGAGGAAAUCCCACUGAACACCAUCGCAGGAACAGGUAAUAAUACCACUAAUAAUAACGUCCAAGCAUGCAGCUGCAAAACCGGCAGACGGCUGGACGAUGCCUCCUGCUGCAACGACAAGUUCCACAGAAAACUGGCCAUCUGCAGCAUCAUCUGUGGGAUCUCCUGCAUCGGCAUCCUGGCUUUGAAGAACUCAGUCAAGGCCAAAGCAUCAAGUGACCCUGAAAGAUCGAAGGAGUUUUUACGACGGGCUAAAAAGUACGGCAUCAUCUCCAUCGUGACGUGGGUUUCCAUCCUGGCUUCCAUCCCCAUCUUAAUGGCACUGAUCUCAUACCUCGUCACUCUGAAAAACUGAGCGGCGUUCCAGCAGAUGAGCAGCUGAUGGGCUGACGGUGGACGCUGGUGGGACAGAUGGCAGACAAAGCCUUUAAAGCUGCUUAGCAAUGACUGGACCCCGUCAACACGUCCAGUAAAGACAGCAGCAGUUCCACUAAAGUCACCACCAACACUGUCAGACUGUCAUGUACUGUCCUCUACGUUUACACUCAUCUACUUCCUCCAGAACACAGGUGUCAAACAUGCGGCUCGUGGACCAAAACUGGGCCGCGGGAUCAAUUUGUGAAAUGUAAAAAAAAUACUGAAGAUAUUAACAAUCAUUUUAGUUCAGGUUCCACAUUCAGA